AUGGAUGCUCAUUAUUACUCACGAGAAGGGUGGGUAGAUAUCAUUUUUCCAGCGAUGGAAUCUUCAUACUUUUUUGCACAAAUGCGAGGUAUUAGGUUAGAAGACUCUGUGGUAGGAUCUGCUAUGAACAUGCCAGUAAAUCAAGCGUUGGAGGGUCAUAGUGAAGACUCUGUGGUAGGAUCUGCUAUGAACAUGCCAGUUAAUCAAGCUUUGGAAGGGCAUAGUGGCACAGUGACAUGUGCUGCAUGGAAUGAAGUUCAUCAGAAGCUUACUACAAGUGAUUCAAAUGGCCUAAUUAUUGUCUGGAGUUUGCACAACGAAACAUGGUAUGAAGAGAUGAUCAAUAACAGAAACAAAAGCGUUGUAGUUGGAAUGGCCUGGAACUACGAUGGAACAAAGAUAGCAAUAGCAUAUCAAGACGGGCAAGUCAUAGUGGGUACAAUGGAUGGAAAUCGUAUUUGGAAUAAAGAGCUUCCAGGAAACGUUGCAGCUUGUGAGGAGAAAAUACACAUGGUCGCCCUCGAAAAUGUCGAGCUAGAGACAGCACUUGCGAAGGAUCUUCGAAAAGACAACAUCAUCGCUUUGAAAUGGUUUGCACCACCUCAGAAAAGCCGAAUUUUCGAUAAUGAUUCUCCCGUUAUGCCUCGCCUUCCAAGAUAUCAAUCAUUGGAAUCUCUUUCCUUUGCCUCGGACCAUAGACCUGAUCCUAAGCCUAAGCUCUUGAUUGCUUAUGCUCAUGGUGUCAUA